UAAAAUGCAUGCAUUGCAAAAAUAAAUUAAAAAAAAAAUCCUUAUCCCCCAUCUUAGGAAAAAGAAGACCCGCUGGUUUCUUGGUUUGAAAGAUAGCCUUCUUCUUUAUAUGCUAGUUUCCUCCCUUACUUCCUGCAUUACUACUACUAGAUCUUCCCUCUCUUUGCAUUCCUGCUAUCACAUUUCCCGGAAUUCAACGCCGUCGCUAUUUCAGCCGUCAGGUGAAGUUAUUGCUCAAAAAUGGCUGCUAAGCCCUCAAUAAUCGCGCUGUUUGACGUCGAUGGGACACUUACUGCUCCUAGAAAGGAGGUAACGCCUGAAAUGUUGGAAUUCAUGAAAGAAUUGCGAAAGGUUGUUCCUGUUGGUGUUGUUGGAGGAUCGGACUUAAUUAAGAUAUCUGAGCAACUUGGAAAGACAGUAAUUAAUGACUAUGAUUAUGUUUUCGCGGAGAAUGGACUUGUGGCUUAUAAAGAUGGUGCAGAGAUUGGCAUCAUGAGCUUGAAGAAACUUCUCGGAGAAGAAAAUAUCAAGGAGUUCAUCAAUUUUACGCUGAAGUACAUUGCAGACUUGGAUAUUCCUAUAAAAAGGGGAACAUUUAUAGAGUUUCGAAAUGGGAUGAUUAAUGUUUCACCUAUUGGGAGAAAUUGUAGCCAAGAAGAAAGAGAUGAGUUUGAAAAGUAUGACAAGGUCCAAAAAAUACGUGCAACAAUGGUUUCUGUAUUGCGCGAGAAAUUUGGUCAAUUAAAUCUGACAUUUUCAAUAGGAGGGCAGAUAAGCUUUGAUGUUUUUCCUCGAGGUUGGGAUAAGACCUAUAGUCUGCGUUACCUUGAGGACUUCAGUGAGAUUCACUUUUUUGGUGACAAAACUUUUGAGGGUGGAAAUGAUCAUGAAAUCUUUGCAUCUGAGAGGACCAUAGGUCAUACAGUUACCAGUCCUGAGGAUACAAGGAAGCAGUGUACAGAGAUCUUCCUCACCAAGAGAGAAUGAGACAUCUGCAGACUACAUCAUAUGCUGACACUUAAGUUUUUUCUAGAAAAUGGACUACAAACCUAUAUACUGAACAUUAAACAAGCGAAAAACUCAUACCCGCAAAAUGCUGCGAAUCAUCAUAUACCUGUAUUAUUUGUAUAACGUUGUAGGAAGAGAACUUUUAUUUUUCCUGGUGAAUGCCGUCAAGGGAUUUAUGCAAUCCUUGCCAUUUACUGCAUUGUAUUUUUUUGUUUUUCUUUUUUGUGACAUUGGUCUACUUCAUUGUACGGAGCACUUCAAAGACAAAUGCUUGGUGUAAUAGGGAAUAAAUUUACGUUUUUGCUCUUACUGAGGAACGCAA